UGUAGUACUUAACUUGAGGCUAUCUCGUUGUGAGCUUGGGAGCUUCGGUCAGGUGGGAUUGCUUGAUCGGAAGAUUGGGGAUCAUUGGGGAUCACGGAUCAGCGUGCGUGGAACUGACUGGGCAUUGAGCUGUUCUUCUGCCGAGUCACUCACGACAUCAAGCCCCAUGCGGAACUCAGUCGACGACCCGGUAGUAGGCGUGCCCGCGCCCGACGAUCCUUCGUCGUUGCAGAUCGCGCCCAUGGCUCAUCAAGAUCCGGCCAGCCCCCCUGGUCCUCCGGCUGGACAAGCCCACGCUGGCGAUGGGGCGGGCGUGGAGCCUUCGGCCUGGGCCAAGGUCGUGUCCAUGGCCAAAUCCAUGGUCAUGCGGGGCCUGGUCAUUUAUUUCAUCAUGCAGUUUUUUCGUCGGCCCAAUGCGGGCGCCCCACCCGGGGCUGGCACGGGCGUGAGCGGGCCCUCGGGCGCGCCCUUGGCUAGUCCGGCUGCCCACAAUCUGUUUGCUAACGGCACGGUCAUGGAUUUGUACGUGUACGUGUCCGAGGACCUGGAAUUUGGCGGGUUCAACCAAUCGGGCGCCUUGGUCUGGCUCCAAAAGGACUUGGUUUAUGGGGAUUGGGGCGCCGGACCCCAACAGGACGGUGUCUUGACCUUUGACACCACUCUACCCACCACCCAGGCUCUCCGAAAUAAUGGCUCGCUCUACAUGCACGCCUUCAUUGUGCGGGCCGGCAAGUCUCCGGACCCCAGCACGGGCAAAGGUCGCUUCGCCAAGAAAUGGACCCUGGCCAAGACCAAGCGGUUGAACAAAUUCAAGAAGAAAUCCUACCGGAAGACGGCCAAUUUGAUCACGGGCCAAACCGACAAGUCCGAAGAAGACCAAGUCAAGAUCGCCGAGGGCGUCAAGGAAGAGAUCAUUUCCCAUUGGCACCCCAAUAUCACGGUCAGCGUGGUGUGGGAUUUUACGCCCUGGACGCCCGGUCAAGUCCCGCCCCCGCUCGACGAAUUCGUCGAGUUCACGCCCAGCUUACAGAACUACAAGCCCAUCAUGUUCGUCAACGACUACUGGAACUUGAACCGCGACUACAUGCCCUUGAAUGAGAGUGUUCAGAGCCUGAACUUCUCGGUCACGUUCCAACCCUUGACCAUGUUCAAGUUCCAGAUGUACAGUGCUCAGCAAAUGCGCAAUCGCUACAACAUCAUGGGCAAUCUCAUGGGUGAUGAAGAAGACGACGAUCAGGACUCGAUCAAGGAAGCUUUCCUCGAGACCAACAUCUACCUUCUUGGACUGACCUUCGUGGUGUCCCUCGUUCAUUCCGUGUUCGAAUUCUUGGCUUUCAAGAAUGAUAUCCAAUUCUGGAAUAACCGCAAGUCGCUGGAGGGUCUGUCCGUACGGUCCGUGUUCUUCAACGUAUUCCAAUCCCUCAUCGUGUUGCUCUACGUGUUGGACAAUGAAACCAACACCAUCAUCAAAAUCAGCUGUUUAGUGGGUCUGGGGAUCGAGAUCUGGAAGAUCAAUAAGGUCUUUGACGUGACCUUGGACCGUCAAAAUCUGCUCUUUGGUUUGUUCCCACGUCCUGUGUUCAAAGAUAAGGGCUCCUAUGCCGAGACGGGCACCAAGGAAUACGAUCGAAUGGCCUUCAAAUACCUGGGGAUUCUUCUGUUCCCAUUGGCCUUUGGCUACUGUGUCUACUCUGUGAUCUACAACGAACAUAGAGGCUGGUAUUCAUUCAUCCUCAACAGCAUUUACGGAUUCUUACUCACCUUUGGCUUCAUUAUGAUGACUCCACAACUGUUCAUCAAUUACAAAUUGAAGUCAGUGGCUCAUUUGCCUUGGAGAAUGAUGACCUACAAGGCGUUGAACACGUUCAUUGACGAUAUCUUCGCCUUUGUCAUUAAGAUGCCUACCAUGUAUCGACUCGGAUGCUUCCGCGACGAUAUCGUUUUCUUCAUUUUCCUCUACCAGAAGUACAUCUACAGGGUGGAUCAUUCCCGUUUGAACGAGUUCGGUUUCUCAGGUGACAUGUUGGAUGAGGUGAAUAGCAAGAAAGAGGUCGGAUCCUCUGGAGAGGAGACCAAGGCCGUGGAGGAUUCCAGGCCAGAACAGGUCAAAUCCCAGGACGAGAAGAAGAAGGAUUGAUUGUACUUGUAUGUAGUAUAGGUUCAUUGCUUUCUCCCCUCACAAUGGAACGUGCGCUUCAAUGCACGAAGAAGCUGGGAAAUUUAUCUGUUCUCGUCGUUGUCUCCUAAUUUUUCUUCCUUUCUACUAGUUCAUUAUUAUUCGGUGUUUCACUUGCAAUGUUUUUGCCGUCGAUGUAUGUUGUUAUUAUCAAUCACUUUCGCCAAAUAAAAAUCAAUAAGUUGA